CGUGCAAACACGACAGCAUCGUGCUUCUCUAAGCACACCAGGCAGAAAAGCCAUUCCGCCAACUUGUCUCGGGUCAAUCCGGACGGUGAGCGUCUUGCCAUGUCUACGUUUUUAACGAGUCACAAAGUAAAAUGCACCAAAGCGUCCCAUUCACCGACUGAAUUUAUGACCGUCAGGACGAACCCACCACACAAACUGCGGAAGUCAUUGGUGUUAAAGGCGUACAAGCUCUGAACUUCGACAUGCAUAGGAUACCGGAUGUGCACGUAUGUAGCGACAUGUGUUGAGGAAUGGAGCUUGGUGCUGGCAGUAGAUUUUUUCUCAAAAACCCAGAGAGCGGGUUCAAAAUCAAGAUCGAAAUGCCAAAGGAUGGAAUCUUCAAACGCAUUAGAAAGUCUUUCGUCAAACGGGGCAAGUCGACAACAGAGGGAUUCGAACCGCCGAACCAACCCCCACCAGUACCUCCACGGCGCCAUGGCGCCAAUCAGGAGCCAGAAGAGAACGAGUAUCAGCCCUUGGUGUUCAAGGAAAGGAACAGAGAGCCCAUGGCGGGUAACGAAGUCCCGCAACGUGAACCAGCGAGAAUACCCGAGAGUGAGAUGGCACUGAACCUAGACGAGGAUAUUUAUCUGCCACCAGAAUCUUAUGAUCGUCAGGUUUAUGUAAAUGAGGACUUGUUUCCAGGCCCUCCAAAGGGUCAGAAAAGGGCCAAGCAACUUCCACGGCGUGGAUCGCAGAAUCCACCGGACGUUCCACGAAGACUGCGGCCAGUGUCGGAUGGUCAUGCCUAUGUUCAGGUUGCUGAUGGUGACUAUGCCCCAAUGAGUGGACGAGAUCGAAACGUAGACGCGCCUCCGUCUCCGGGAUCGAACACCGAGUACGACUCGCAACGCGAGGACAGCUUCGGUGACGACAUCGACGAGGCGUACAAGCGUCUGCGCCAAGACUACGAGAAUGCGAAGCUGGAUAGCGACUGCCCGACAACCCCACAAAAGGUGGCGCCUUUGCCAACCGUAAACCAUGACGCAAAUCCUCGGGUUCCAGUGCCAGACUACUGGAUUCCUUAAAGGCUACGAACGACUUAUAAACACAACAUAAACCCGAUAGGUGUUACAACUACGCAUGUGCGUUUUAAUAAUUUAUGACGACGUCAUUUCUACGAUAAAUGCAACGGAAAAUUCACACAAGACUAUGGGGGAAGUAGUAACCGAUUGAAACUUGUGCCAUAAGUUGGAGCGCUGCAAUUGUUACACAUCAAAACUACCAGGUUAAAGAAAUGUUGCACUAACUUCGGAACAAGCCGAACUUUUCUUCAGUUUCGAUUGUGCCCGCUAGGAUUUUGCACGAAUACAGCAAAGUGUUUACACCUCAUUUGUUUUUGGCAUCCGUAGUUGAAACACCGAACUGGUUUAUUUCGACUAAAUGAGUCUUUUCCGUGUAAAAAACAACUAUUAAUUCCUAUAUUAAAAUAUCCAAGUUUUUAACUAAGCAAUUAACCACAUCAAUAAAUUGUAAUCCACUCAGACUGAUUUUAGCACUCUCCUCGUUUUUGAGGAAACCUGAAUAUCGAGGAACUAUUUUUAUAUGUAUAUAUGCCCUGACAUCAAUGUUGAAUGCAGACAUUCCUACAGACCUUCUUGUGUAAAAUCUACAAACGUGAGGUGCCUUUCUUCAUAAGCCCUGCGGCCUGCGAUAUCAAAUGCAUACAUUUCAACUGUUAUUGGUCUCAGCUAACUAUACAUUAUUUCUUUUGCAAUGUUGUCCCAAAGUUCCCAACCACUGGUGUCAAAAACUAUGACUGUGAUGUAACUAUUUGGAACCGGAGCCGAAUUUCCCUGUCUUCCUCCCCCCGCAGAAAGGUUUUCGCAGGCUUUUAGCCCAUCCAGGAAUCAGUACUUCAUACCAUAUACUUGAAUGUUUAAACUGAACUUGUGUUUAUAGCUUGUACUCUACUUUUUACUUGUACUUUACUUGUUUCCUUACUUUUUGUAUCUUUAUUUAAUAAUAUGUAAUGUAUGCGGAGCCCGAUUGGAAACCAGUUUUAACUAAGGUGUACAUACAUGUACCAUGGGGUAAAGAAAUGUAAUAAAUAAAUAAAUGAAUAAACUACAGGAUUAUCUAUAGCCAUCUCAUGGGUUCCCAAUCCACUGAAAUUCCAUUCGAUGUAUAUGUAUUUACGGUGAACAAGGAAGUAGUUUGUGUCGGUUCAUUCAUCGGUCACCUGACGGCCAAAGAAUUGGAACAGAUGUUACGGAUGUAAAAAAAAAGGAAAUACAUGUACUGUGAAUUUAUUGUUGAUUUGCUGAUAAAACAGAAUUGGGGAUAAGGUAUACUGGCCUUUUAAUGUCAGUCGUAUUUUAAACAUAAACACUUUUUUUUAACAAUUUAAAUAGGGACCGUAUCUUAUUGCAUUUUUGUGUGAAUUUCUUAUUAAUUGAUUUUUUUGUUUCUAAUGGUUUACCAUUGUAUUGUCACCUUAAAUCGGCAUGUGCCGCCAGGAUGAUUUUUAAUAACUUGUCUAUCCAUAUAUACAUGUAUAUCCAUUUACACUUGCGACACUUGCCGUUGUUUGUAAUUUUUGAAGUAGUAGCUACCAUGUUAUAAGAAAUCUUUAAGAAUUACCACUAAAUAUGUAAUGUUGAUAAUCUUAACGUAAUAUUUUCUAACAAACAAGCUGCCCCGGACAUUGGGUUGUAAACAAUCUUCAGUACUACGUGUUUGUCUUUUGGCUCAUUGUCAUUGUUCUGCUCUCAUAAAUAAACAAAAUUGAUUUCCUUAUUUUAAAAACAUAAAAAAUGAAGAUGGACGAAGGCCUUCGUUCAGGCAAAAGUGAGGAAUUGUUGGAGGGUGUUAAGUAGGCUAAUACGCUCAGAAGCGCGCCGUUCGUGAAUGAUGAAUGGACCUCGGGCUUCGCCCUCGGGCCAUCCACGAACGGCGCUCUACUCGUGUAGUUUAAGUGAACUUCUAUUCGUUACACUGGCAUGCCGUCACCCACGCGCAGGGUUAUUUGAAUACUUUCGUGAGGAUUGUAGGGCUUAAUCAAACCAUAUAAACACAGAGGACUAUUUUUGAAUCGAUUUUCUUUACCUUCCACUAAGUGAAAAAAAAGACUAAAACAAAGUACAAAAGAAGAAGAAGAAGAAGAAGAACAAAUGAAGACAAAAGCAAACAGCCCACCCCUCCUAAAAAAAGAACGAUAAUAAGCAAAAUAAAUAUGAACCACAAAAAACACCAAAAAACAAUUAAAAAAUCAGAACUUGGUUCACGAUUCGCCAGUAAAGGCCUUCCUCGCUUUCGAAACAAAAGCUGUGUUUCAUUCAUAUGUAUAGACAUAUCCAUCAUAGUACGAAUA